GGUUAAUCACUAAUUUAGUAACCUUUUGACCCAAUGCGAAGUUUUUCUGUCUUACGAAAUUGCUCGAGCACAGAGACAUCGUCUUGUCUUUCUAUGUUAAUUUCAUAAUGUAACCUCUCCCUUUCUGUCUCGUUUUCUAUCUCUAUCGCGUAAAAUUCUAUUGCAUGUACUGCUUUAAGUUACACUUUUGGAAACUGUAGAGCAAUUGGAGGAAAUAUUGCCGGUAUCACAUAAAAAAGGAUAGUCUAGUGGUUUCAACAUGGUAACAUCUCGCGUAUUUUCAUUGGGCAAUUGUAAACCUUUUCCCGAGGUGUUUAGUACAUAGUCACUUGCUAACUGCAUAGCUAUCGUCUCCAGAUAAAUGUGUUCCCUAUAGUGACAUAAACGCUACAAAGGUCACUAAGUUAAAACGUUCCAUCUUCAUGAGAACGAGUGCAGCCAAUAAAAACAUAGCAACGCCCUGUUUUUAUGAUAUCUUCGAGGUCCUGUAUUUUCGAAGAGCAAACAUUAUAAACGGAUAGCACAGAUUUAGUAGGAGCUGUGUAAGGUGCAAUCUUUAAUUAUAUUUUAAAAAGGGUUUACUUUUUUUUUAGGUAAACUGGAGACUAGCCGGUAUACCUAGGAAAACUUCUAAUUUGUGUUUUAUUACCAAAUGAAUGGAGGUUACAAAAUGAAAUCGAAUAGUGAUUUCAAAUUACAGAAGUUAGCGACAUUUUAGAGUGUUCAGAGAAGUUGUGUAAUCAUUUUAAAAAUAGUAUGAAAUACUGUUGGGGCGUUAUAUUUAAUUAUGUACCAAUAACGCUGAGAGAAACAAGCAAGUGCAAUAAACAACGGUAUUUGGGCCAUAUUAAAGAAUAUUUCUAGAGUGCUUCACCUACCACAUCCGAUAGCCUAGUAGUGUAGCAACUAUUAUGAGACAACAGCACGAAUUUCAACACAAAAGCGGACGCUGUGGACAUUAAAAAGAGGAUUAGCCUAAUAAACGCAAGUCUAAGAGUUGAAGUUGUUAAGGCUAUUGGAACACAGAUUUUAUGGGAAAUACUGUGUUUUUAAAACAUAAGAAAUCCUGCUCAAUAAUCAACUGUUUUUUCGCACAAGCUAACCACUUCAUAUUAAAAGCUUCGGCCUGAACUUUGCGCACACGACAUUUAACUCCAGCCGGAAGCCCCCAGCUGCUUAUAGAAUAUAACAUUGUGGCUCUAAUUAUAUGAUUUUAGGCUUAGGGUCAUCUUUAAAGAAAUCUUCAAAAAAGUUUAGCCAAAUAUGUAAAAACAGGACGAGCUAUUUAAAAGUGCACUACAUUUAUGAGCAUGGUUAUUUUAAUUGACGCAUUCUAAUAAAUAUUGAUCACAAUUAAACGGCAGUAGUAACGUGUAGUUAAGUCAGUGACUGUUUUAUUAACAGAACGAAGUAUUUCGAUGCCGAUCGUCUUGUAUUAAGCUGAGCCAACCCAGACUUAAUUCCGUGCGCUUACUUCUAACUUUGAUUAAAAUUUGAGAAAAAAAAACCUAUGUGAUAAAAAAGACUUACAAUGACGAUAAAAAUCUAAGCUUUAAUGCUUUAUCUGUCCGUUACGUCCGUUACCGAUUAGGAAAUAUUGCCGGGUUUUUGUAUAUAAAAAAAACGAAUAUUUUUCUGUCGGCAUCAUUCUAAGUACUUUCAACAAGUGAGAACUAUUCUUUCCACUCUAUCCAUAUAAGGUACUAUAUUGUUUCUUAGAGUUCUUUGUUUUUGUUUCGACCGCGUUGUUCCAUCGAAUCAGUCAACAUGUGUUUUAGCUAUUUAAGUAUAUAUAGAAGCUGACUAACCAAAACCGUAAGACGUUACUAUUUUCUAAAAUGGGCUAGAGUCAUACGAAUUAUAGACUAUUACAGCCCCAGUCUUCUGCCAAUUGCAUUGUCACAUUGCUCCUGGCUUUAUCUCCUCGGUUUAUUUUUGCAAAGGAGAGGAUCUGAGUUACCUCACACUGUCUGUGAAGCACGCCAGCAGAAGUUGCACUCCACAGAGAGCUGCGGGGUCAAACCCGUUUUUCUGGUCUGUCUAGCUUGUCACCAUCGCAUUAGCCAUUUACUGCUAUGCAUAUAUACGAGUUGAGCCGCUAGCGCCGUGACGUAGUGUAGAUUUGCUGGUGGCGUCGCUUAUUGCCAUCAGAGCCUGGCUGGCUUCGUCAUGUCAGGACAACAACAGCUACGGAUGGGUUCGCCAAACGGCCAGAACGAUUACGAUGUUUGCUGCACAUUGAAUUUUGCUGCCACCGAAUUCGCUUGCCCAGAGCGAACACAACGUACCCAGCCGCAGAACCAAACCGACGACCACCGCACAAAACGACUCCACGAGUCGUCGGUAACAAAAAAACAACUGAAGUCACUGCUGCUACUGGCGUCGCGGCCGCCGAGCCGAAUAAAAACAGAUCUGAAACACAAGACGACGACAAACAGACAACGCUGAAGAGAUCCGGGGCCCUGAAAACAACACUCAUAGAAGAGCUGGCGAAAUCAAAAGAGAAAGGAGGAAAAUAGUGACAGACUGAGACAGCCGAAGCAUUGCAAAGCAAGCGGCCGCCCGAUUUCAGGCUGGAGUUGUACGCACAGUCCGCGUCGUUGGUGACAUCCGUGUAUGGUGGCGUGUGCGAGUUGGAGAAAUCAGACGCUCGACCGGGCCUCAAGGCCCGAUUUCCCUUGCCGACGACAGCCAGUAGAGACCGACGCUCGCUCCAGAUACUAGAGCAUUAGAAGCGAGCUUCGAAAAAGCAGCACCGAUAGCAAAUAGAUAGAUAACGGAUUCGCACACCAUAACAACAACAACAACAGCAGCAACGAGAGCAACAGGUGUACGUUAUCAGCGGUUCGCGUGAAGGAUUUAUCCCACAAUCGUACUGUGUCCCGGUUGAUUCUCCAAUGGCACAAGUCGCGCUCAGCAUCUCCAAAAAAAGUCCUAGAGAACGUCUGUCAGAAGAGCAUCAUCAUCAUCAGCAGUCUUCCCUGGAGAGCAGCAUUGCUCACUCAGAUAUCGAAUCGGUCGAUACCCCGUCGUGCUUGACGGACGUGCACCCUUUCUUCAAGGAUCCAGCCGGUCGUUUUUUGGUCUUGUACUCGUUUAUUGCUCGAGACGAGAACGACAUCAGCGUUGAGCGAGGUGAACUCGUGACUGUUCUAAAUCGUGAGGACGCCGACUGGUUUUGGGUGCAACGAUAUAAUGGCCACGAAGGAUUUGUCCCGUCCGCGUUCAUAUUUCCCGCCGAUGUGAUCAAUUCGCACGCACAAAGUCCCGAAGUAUCUUCUGAAGCACAGAGUGUGACCACAGGUGCGACGACAACUUUGCGGCAAGAGGCAACUAGCCAAAAACCUCUAGCUUCUUCAAAACAGGUCGACAAACUUCUGGACAGUAUCGAUUUUAAGGAUUUAACGUUCUCUGCUAACAACGAUUCGGCCAGUGCCCAAAAAGAAUAUCGAUAUGAUACAAAAUCUGGUACAGUCUCAUUGCACACAUACCAUAACACUGCGGAUCGCGCAUUUCCAACUACUCGAAACAACCUAGGUAGCAGCGAGCAUCUAACAAGUAACAACCUAAAUUUAAACGCCAGUACGACGGCGAGUCAGUGGACGACUACACCGGCAGCUGACGGUGCCGUAGAGGGUGAUAAUACAACGAACUCAAAUACCCUAAAGACAACCCCGUAUCGAGAACGAGAGGGCAGCAGCAUCAAUAACACCCGCAAAUCUACUAUGUCGCAACAGAACCGAAAUACCUCAGUGGGCAACUGCAGGCUGCAGGACCAUAACGUCGGCGGCAACCAAACCAAAGACGUUGAAGAUGGGGAAUCUGGACGGACACAUAGUCACCAUCAUCAUAGUUCCGGUAAGAAUUCGUCAGGGCAGGAUUCAGAGGCAAACGGAAAGGAGAACGACAGUCAGAGAAAUGGUCCGAGUGAACUUCUGCCCCACGGUGCAAAAGCCAGCGGUCAAGAUGCCCCACACACCGGAAAUGACAGCGAAGUUGCCAGUAUCGUGCAGUCAGAAACGCCGUACCGCGCGAAAGCCACCGAAUUUAUCGUCAUGUACGACCAUGAAACAGAUGCCGAAUAUGAACUUCCGAUACAACGAAAAGAGCUUGUCUAUGCUGAUCUGAACUGUCAGAACGCUGAUGGUUGGUACUGGGUGUACAGUCCUCGAUUAAACGAGUACGGGUACGUGCCAAGAGGAUUUGUCAUGGAGUCGCGGCCAGCGACAACCUCUCUUUGAUCAGAGUAUCCUCUGGCGAAACGCUCUAUAGCGGUCGCUCUCUCUCGAAACGCGAAACAAAACACUUAAAAAGAGUAAAUGGUGGACUUGCACAGGGAAUUAUGCAAACCCAACUAAAAACCUGUAGGAAGGGUGCAAAGAAGGAACGUAGACCUGAGUGAUCUGCGUCACAAAGUUGCAUAAUAGUUUCAUUUUAUUUCUAAGAUAAACCGAUAUUUCAUUCACAACGACACGAAAAUCGAAAAAUAUGCGCAUUAGAAUUGUUUAAAUUAUAACAAAAUAGAAAGCAGUACAUUGUGACGUUAUUUUUCAAUAAGCUAGAAUAAUAGAAUUGUUGUAAUGAAUAAAUGUGUUGCCCAAUUAGAAUAGACAGGCUUUAUACGUGUACUUGUGUGGAAAGCUUGCCCAGCUUGCUCAGCAACAUGUAAUGCCUAUAUAGAAUGUGUAUAUUGUGAAUUUUUAGAAAGUAUGCCAGUGUGUUUGAUUCGGUGUUUUGAUUCAACAGUAUAUCAAAGCAGUACAUUGAUUCCAAUGACGGCGUGCGAAUAAUACCCAAUAGGAUUUAAAUGAUAUUGUCCAUUCAAGUUUAUAAUCAAAUGUGUAACAACCAAAAUAUAGGAGAAGUUAGAUAUUCCACUGUUAUAAAAGAACAGAACAGAACUUGUUUGUGAGUUGGUAAGGCUCAUAUAAGUAAAACGAAUCGCGUAUUAUCAUUAGAAUUGUAAAUACAUUAUAUAUAUAUAUAUAUAUAUAUAUAAUAUAUAUAUAUAUAUAUAUAAGUGCCAACUAGUUAGGCGGAAUUUCAUCGACUAGUAUAGGUAAAUAAACAACUGUAUAACGCUAAUACGGUCCACGAGAAGGCCGAUCAAUGCAGUGCUUUAACAGGAAUGACCCAAGUGAUGAUUGACUCUUCUGUACAUGAAGUAAAUUACACAGUUUGCUCCAUGCAUGCAAGUAAAGGGCAAUAAAAUACACACUUCAAAUCAAAAAAUAAAUAGAUAUUUUUUAUCCGCAUAUUAGCGAUACUUUUAGUAAAAGGUAACAUCGAUGGAAAGGAGGCUGAAAAGCGAACCAAUUCUCAAAUGUAUUCCAGUCAAGGCCAUGUUCUUUUCGGUAUCAAGUAAAUGAUUAAAUGAGCUUUUGUUCAAAAUUGCAAAAAACCCUUGUA